UAAUAAUUAUUGAGAUGGCAGACAAUUGUAAUUUGGUGAGUAUUCUGGGAGUGUUACUGAUAUUAACCAUCUUCGACAAUCCCAUCAUCGUCUACGCCGGCGAGGGUGUUCCCAACGUAGCGUUGUUCACGUUCGGAGACUCCUACUACGACGUCGGAAACAAAGUGUUUCUCAGCAAGGACAAAAAUCCUGCCCAAACCAAAUGGCCUUACGGCAAAUCCCGUGACGACCCUAACGGCAAGUUUUCCGAUGGCCACAUCGUCCCUGACUUUAUCGCUGAUUUCAUGUCUAUUCCGAACGGAGUCCCACCGGCGCUUAAACCGGACGCUAAUGUUACACGUGGAGUUAGUUUUGCUGUCACCGAUGCUUCUAUUCUUGGGAGUCCGGUGGAAUCAAUGACAAUGAGUCAACAAGUGACUACAUUCGAAAUUAUGAAAGCAAAUUGGACCACUGAUUACAUCAAAAAGUCAUUGUUUAUGAUAUACAUUGGCACGGAAGAUUAUUUGAACUACAUCCAGAAACAUCCCGAUGCAGACGCUACUAAGCAGCAAGCUUUUGUCACUUCCGUCACUAGCCAAUUAAAGACUGACAUUAGAUCGUUGACCAAUUUGGGGGCGAGGAAAUUUGUGGUUCAAUUGCUAGCACCAUUGGGCUGCUUACCGAUCGUGAGGCAAGACUACAAGACCGGCAACGACUGUUACGAGCUACUCAACGAUUUGGCCAAACAACAUAACGAAAAGAUCGGUCCGAUGCUAAACGACUUUGCUAAUUCCCCCGACGGUUUUCAGUUCGCUGUCUUCGAUUUCUACGACGCUAUUUUUCGUAGAACUCAGAGAAAUCUCAACUACCGAUUCUACGUAUCAAACUCAUCUUGUUGCGGUGUUGGGACACAUAAUGCAUACGGUCGCGGAAAAGGAAACGUCCACUCAAAGCUGUGUGACUAUCAGCGAGCUUACCUCUUCUUCGACGGACGUCACAACUCAGAGAAAGCGCAGGAAGAAAUCGCCCAUCUUCUCUACUCAGCCAACCUUAACGUGAUCCAACCUAUGAAUAUACGUGAGCUCAUCGUCUACCCAACCGGAGAGAAGAUGCGUGAGUUUUGGGAACCUAACACGUUUUCGGCCCGUCGUCGUCUCCCCUCUCAGGACUCCUACGCGGGAUUCUAUGCCUAAUAAACGGAUCACUUUGAGCAGAAUCGUUCAGAUACAUAUACGAGCUACUAUCGUGUAAAGUAUCGAUAUCGGCUUAUGCCGUCGAAUAAAUUGCUUUUAAAAUGUCGUAAUCUAUGGAAAUUAAAAUAAUCAGGGAAAGCUGAUUAAGGAUUAAGGCAGAGGAAUCAAAAACGCGAUGCUAGCCAAAUGUCCAAUCCAUCUUGAAACCGUACAUCACCUCCAAGCUGAAUUGCAAGCAGUUGGUUUCGAAUUUGUCGAUCAAUCCGUUGAAUGAGCUGAGCUUGUGCGAUGGGGGGAGCUUCAUGUCGAAGGUCAUUCCGUUCCCGCCAAAGCGAAUAUACAGAGAUCUGCAAAACGUAACGCGCAAGAAACCCAAUUGUCCGAUGAGGCCAAGAAGAAGAAGCCGUAUUGACGACCAUUUGCCAAUCAGUGGAGUGUCUAGUGGUGUAAAUGCGAGACGCAAGGUUGUUCCAAAGCCCAGCUGUAAACUCACAGGAGAAAAAGAGAUGGUCUCUCGCUUCGAGAGCAUUGUGACAGAAAACACAGGUGGCAUCCGCUCCGUUGUUCCAGAGCAUCAUCCGGUCCCCUGUGGACAGCCUAUUUUGCACUGCUAG